AGUUUGUGUUUUCACCCCUAAAGAUCCAUAUCCUUGGCGGCAAAACAGGAGUGUGAUGGAACGAAAACAUAUACGACAGCGCUAGAAAUUUCAACUUUUCGCUUAAUUAAGACCAGGCAAGGCCACUUAAUAGUUUUAUCCACCCUGACAUCAAAAUGGGCAAAAAGAAAGGGAAGAACAAGCAGAAGAAGCAGCAGGGCGGGAACCAAAAUGGGAGUAAUUCCAUGCAGAUUUGCGGUGGUUCUCAAAACCAGCUUCCCUCGGCAGUGAAGAAAAACUUGAAUGCGCAGAAAAAGGAGCAGAAGAAGAAGAACAAAAAGGACCUGAAGAAGCAAGCGAAAAACAACCAAUGCGGUGGUAACAAGAACAAAAACAAGUCCAACGUUCCCGGGUUCGCGCUCAAGACCAGCGGGGAGCGGGCGGUCUUCGUCGCGCCGGACGACCGCGGCAUCGAGCGGCACUGGGCGGUGAACGCGGGGAACGACGCCCACGAUGCGGACAUUUCGGAAAUUCUCUGCGACGGCACCAAUGUCGUGUACACACUGUCCCGCGACAAGAAAAUCAUACAUUGGCUCCUCGAGGAGAAAGAGCCGACUUUGAUCGCGGACCACUUGAACCUGUUCGGCGCCCCGCCCGCGAGCGACAACACCGCGACCAACAGCUUAUUCGGCGGGUUCAACCCGACAAGCACGAGCUCCUCGAGCAGCGCUAGCAGCAGUAACGUGAAGAAGUUUCAUCUGAAGAAGCAGAACGCCAUCGAGAUGCCCUACCCGGUGUGGUCCGCUUUGUUCUCGGUCGGAUGUCUGUUCGUCGGCCUAGGUAACGGAACCGUGAAGGUGUUCUCGAAAAACAGCGGGGACCAGUUCGAGUUCGAGGCCCACACGAAGCGAGUCUCUUGCAUUCGGCGACACGAGCAAACUGGAAUUGUGAUCACCACGGACCAUGGAGGUACAACCUUGAUUGGUUUGCAUAGAAGGAGAACUUUUUUCAUUGGAAUUUCGAUUUGACAACAUAGUACUUAGGUUAUGGGUGCUAUUCAUGAAGGAAGUACUAUCGACUCAAUGACAGCAACGCACAUCAUUCAGGUGCUCUGAAAUGCUGGAAGCUCCAGCCGCAGCCGGACGGGAAAGUGCAGGCCGACUGCGUGUUCGAGACGGAGUUGAACGCGGAGGUGAAGACCUUCCACAUCCUCCAGGGCUGCUGGCUCUACAUCGCGACGGCGAAGGGCCUUUUUCGCCUUCCGCUCGCACAGUUGGAGACGGCGAAGCCGGAAAAGUUGAACUCCGAAGGGUUGAACACGCUGUCCCCGUGGAAUAACGAGCAGUACGUCAUCUGCACCACCCGAGCAGGCGAGGUCCAAAUCUUCGAAGUGGCCACGGGCGCGAAAAAGCACACGGUGGAGGCUGUUGGAAACAUGAAGAACAUUUUGACUUUGGACGAGGUCGCGGGCGAACGAGUGGUAGAGAGAUGGUUUUUUUUCACCUCCCUUCUAACUAUUCGUUCCAAAGUUUUCUUUCGCUUGCAUGUUCAUGAGGAUUUCGAUUUCGUCGCGACAAGCAUCAAAGAAAUGUAUGCAAUUAUACAAAAUUCCAUCAGGUUUGCGGCCACCAAGACGGGAAACUGAGCAGUUUUGCUGUGCCAAACUGGCAACGGCAAUCGGGUUGGCGGAUCAUUGAUAAGCUUCAACAGUCGCCGGUCGCUAAUGUAACGUGCGUGCGAAAAAUUCCCUCCGCACCAGGGGUUUUCGUGGUCGGGUUGCAAACUGGAGCACUGCAGGUCUGGAAGUAUGCAUCGGCAGCGACAAAUAACGCUGCCGCCGUUCAGCAGGCAGGAAUGGGAGCGGUUGUACAACAGCAACAAGUGCAAAUUCCAGCGCAACCGGUAGUGGUUGGAGCGGUGCAGCCUGUAGCACCACAGCAAGUUGCACCACAGGCGCCCGUUCCAGCAAUUCCGAAUGUAGGUCUCGUGCCGACCCAGCAGCAGCAGCAGUUACUGCAACAGCAGCUGCAACAGGCGGCACAAGUGCCCCUUCCAGACGAUGACGAUGAUGAUUUAUGAUGAACUGGGAUUGCUUUUGAAAUAUGGUCCGCGAUUCAAGAUGUGGUGCCGAGAAUAUUCAACGACGAGUGGUGUACAUAAAUUGUCGAAUGUGCGCAGUCCGUCAGUGACUGCAAGUUGGAGAUCGAGAU